UGAAACUCACACUUCCCCAGUUGUCCCCUCGGCCGCUGGUCACGGUGUGGGUCACGUUCGCUCUGCCUUAUAUAGCGGGGGCAGAGGUCCAUCCUCUGGAUCUAGGGGGCUAUCCUCUCGCCACUGGAGGCGAGCGCACCAAGGCAACAACCUGUGAAACUGGAACAUCGCCCUGUACUCUCCAGCCGAGAGGAUGACUUGCCCAGUGAACGGCGUUCGCAGUCACCUGCUCCACGAGGAAGAGAGUUUCAUGUUCACCUCGGAGUCAGUUGGCGAGGGCCACCCCGAUAAAAUCUGUGACCAGAUCAGCGAUGCGGUGCUGGAUGCCCACCUGCAACAAGACCCUGAUGCCAAGGUGGCAUGUGAGACUGUGUGCAAGACGGGAAUGGUGCUGUUGUGCGGUGAGAUCACGUCGCGCGCUGUUGUUGAUUACCAGCGAGUGGUGAGGGACGCGAUCCAAUUAAUCGGCUACGACAACUCAUCCAAAGGCUUUGACUACAAGACCUGCAACGUGUUGGUUGCAUUGGAGCAGCAGUCGCCAGACAUUGCACAGGGGGUGCAUCUGGACCGGAACGAAGAGGACAUUGGUGCCGGAGACCAGGGCCUGAUGUUUGGCUAUGCCACAGAUGAGACGGAGGAGUGCAUGCCGCUGACCAUCAUGCUAGCCCACCAGCUCAACGCCCGCAUGGCCGAGUUACGGCGAGACCACACACUGCCCUGGCUCAGACCUGACUCCAAGACCCAGGUGACGGUGCAGUACAACCAGGAGAACGGCAUGGUUAUCCCCGUGCGUGUGCACACCAUCGUCAUCUCGGUGCAGCACGACGAAGACAUCAGCCUGGAGGAGAUGCGCAAUGCCCUGAAGGAGAAGAUCAUCGACGUAGUGGUGCCCAAGAAGUACCUGGACGACAACACCAUCUACCACCUGCAGCCCAGCGGGAGGUUCGUCAUCGGAGGUCCACAGGGCGAUGCGGGGGUCACCGGCCGCAAGAUCAUCGUGGACACGUACGGUGGAUGGGGAGCACAUGGCGGAGGGGCCUUCUCGGGCAAGGACUGCACCAAGGUGGACCGGUCUGCCGCCUACGCCGCCCGCUGGGUAGCCAAGUCCCUGGUGAAAGCUGGUCUGUGCAAACGCGUCCUGGUGCAGGUUGCCUACGCCAUUGGAGUUGCCGAGCCCCUCUCCAUCUCCAUCUUUUCCUACGGAACGUCCCAGAUGGGUGACCGGGCCCUGAUGGAGAUUGUGAGGAAGAACUUUGACCUUCGACCCGGAGUGAUUGUCAGGGACCUGAACCUGAAGAAGGCAAUGUACCAAAAGACUGCCUGCUACGGCCACUUUGGCAGGAGCGAGUUCCCGUGGGAGGUGACCAAGAAGCUGAGCUUCUAACCGCACCAAGCCCGGUUCCCGACCUGCUGCAAUUCGCACCGAUGAACUCACUAAAGGCCUCCUGCUCGGAAUUCCAUUUCAAAUUGUCUGCUCGCGGUAGCUACUCGAGCUAGGCCCAGAUCCUCGGCUCCAGAUUUGACCAACCACAUCCGCACGUUACCAGAGUGAGAAGUGUUUAACCAUCUCAACAUUGACCUGUCAGUGAGGAGCUGUAUCUCCUUCCCUGGGGACUUCCAUUCUGAUGCCCAACACUUGAUUUACAUCUUGGCAAUGGAGCGUAAAUACUUUUCAUUUAAAGGAAUUACAAACUUCUAA